AGAAAAGAUGUAAGUUUUUGCGAUUAAAUCUAUUUAAUUUAAAUUUGCAACAAAACUGUUUAAUAACUCAGGUAUCUAAUUACUAUUGUUCAUAUUUCAUGUAUUUUUAAAACAUUCCUUAAUUCGAUUGAAGUAUUGCUGUUGAUAACGUUUCAUUCGAACACACGUCAUGUCCAUUGUGUGCCUCGAUUUUGAAGGAAAUCUCAGAUACCCAGCAUUUACUUAAGAUUUACUCUAUUUGUUUAAUUUAGAAGAUCAUGUUGCAAACGCUAAACUUUUGAAUCCAGUUAUGUAAAGAAGCACGCUGAAAAAUGUACAAACCGACGUAUUUCUACCAAUAUUUAACAACUUUUACCGCACUAUUAACGAUCCUAACAGGUGGCAUGCAUUAUGCGUGGCCAUCACCAUCACUUCCACAAUUAACUUCAAACAAUUCGAGUUCUCUUCAAAUAACUAACGAUGAAGGGUCUUGGAUAAUCAUAAUGGAGCUAAUCUCGCCAAUACCGUCCUGUUUUCUCGGAGCUUUCAUUGUUGAUUUAAUUGGACGAAAAAAAGCAAUUUUGCUAUCAGCCAUUCCGUAUUUUUUGUCUUGGCUUAUGAUUGCUUUCGCCAACUCUGCACUGACGUUAGGAGCAGCAAGACUUCUAGCUGGGGUCUCAGACGGUAUCGCUUUUACAGUCAUACCGUUAUACAUAACGGAAAUUGCUGAUGCAAGCAUAAGGGGGUUGCUGGGAGCAGCAAUAUCAGUCAGUUGGAUUUCUGGAAUGUUGUUCAUCAACGUGGUUGGUGCUUAUUUGAGCAUCUCAACAACGGCUCUAAUCUGCUCAGUGUUUCCAAUUCUCCUAGUCCUGACUUUUAUCUGGAUGCCGGAAAGUCCGUACCAUUUGAUAAUGAAGCAUGACAUAGAGAGGGCACGAAUCGCUUUGCGGAAAUUCAAAGGAAGGAGUGACAUCGAGGACGAGUUGUCCAGGCUCCAGGAAGCGGUCAAGACCCAAAAUCAGAAGAACGCAAGUGUUUGGGAUUUAUUCAGAAAGAAGAACAACCAAGAGGGUCUCAGAAUCGUGGCGAUUGUGCGAAAUGCGCAACAAAUGAGUGGUGUGGCCGCUAUAAGUUUCUACACUUUGUCAAUUUUCAACGAAGCGGGUGAUUUUAUAUCACCAUUCACUGCGACUGUAAUUUACGUGAGCAUUCAGUGCUUCAUGACUGCUGUGUGUUCGGUACUAAUCGACAGAACCGGCCGAAGGCCUCUGCUGAUUGCUUCGUUGAUCGGUUCAGCAAUCUCUCUAUUUGUCCUAGGGACCUAUUUCUACAUCAAAGACUUUACCACCAUUGAUAUUAGUUCGUUCAAUUUCGUGCCACUUUUAGCCCUGUUAGGAUAUGUAAUUAUUUUUAAUAUCGGUGCUCAGCCAAUACCGCUGCUUAUCCAAGGGGAGCUUUUCCCAACAAAUGUUAAAGCUUUAGCGUCGUGCUUUUCCGAAGUGUAUUUUUGUAUCAUAGCUUCGAUGGUUUCCAAACUUUUUCAAACUUUGCGAGACUCGUUCGGGAUGUACCUACCUUUUUAUGGAUUUGCCGUUUGUUCAGCUGUUAAUCUAGUUUUUGUCAUAUUUUUUGUACCUGAAACGAAGGGGAAGACUUUGGAGGAAAUUCAAGCGACUCUAGGCGUCAAAAAGAGCAAAUCUGCGAGAAAACUCGUAAUAGCACAGUAGUUAUUAAGUAGUUAUUUAUAAUGAGAGAUUUAAUUCCAAAGUGUAGCAACUCCACGUUUAAUGUUUCAAGAAACGAGAAAAAACUUUUAUUUCAAUGUAAAUAUAUUAUUGUUGUGCAAAC